AAGAACAAGGAUGAAAAUGCUCCACGUCGUUAUCUCUCACCAUUCAUCUACUUCUCUAAAGAAUAUAGAUCAACAAUUAAAGCUCAAAACCCAAGCAGUACUUUUGGUGAAAUCGGUUCACUUUUAGGUCAAAAAUGGAGCCAAAUCGGUGCUGAUGAAAAGAAGAAAUAUGAAAACAUGGCUGCUGAAGACAAAAAGAGAUGGGAAAUUGAGAAAAAACAAUACGAAGAAAAAUUA